UCGUUAAUAAGCAGCUAUGUGGCCAUGCUCGAUCCAUACCAUAUUAAUUGGAAAAUGCGUGCAAAUAUACUGUUGAUCAACCUUGUUUCCAAGUCAGUAUACCAUCAAAUCGAUGGUGUAUUGCUCCCAUAUUCCAAAUUUGGUGAAUGCCAGUUGGUUAUGAAGAAUUAGCCGAGGGCUUUGAGCCAAUCAGAAAUGGUGUUGAUAUUUUGAACGAAUAAUUAAUGGCAGAUAAUUUUCAAGAUUGCAAUACAAGGUUAGGAAUCUUGAGGCUUUAAUUGAUCCAAAUUUAGCUGUUCCAAUGAAGUACAUAGGCAGAUGUCACUGCUUCAGUCUGCAUGUAUUAGCUACUUUGUUAUAUCCUACUUAACACUCACUAUCCAUUAAUUUUGAUGUUAUUGUUUUCAGCAUGAAGACAGCCAAUCAGGAGGUUUUUCCAUGUUUCCUCCCUUUUCAAUUGUAAGUGGAAUUUUUGUUGUAAAAUUGUUUGAAUCCAGCUUUUACCAGUAUUAUCUGGAGCUGAGAGGGAUGUAAUGAACAGGAAAGCAAAGAAUGUUCAGAUCUUGCUUUAAGAAGGUUGCCUAGUGUGUAUAAAGAAUUGGCUCACGUUCUUAAACUUCAACUUGUUUAAUCAGAACAUAGUGAACUCACAAGCGGCCAUGACAGUAAACUAUGACAAAGCAAGCCCGAGCGCGCACAUGUAAAUACUAAAAUCUGAUUGGAUAAUGCAAUAUCGUCACACCCUUCCUUGUUUACAAAGAAAGUGUACAAACUAGAUAUAACAUAACAGAAACAAACAACUAACCAAGCACUAAAAAGAUGAUGUCACUGAACGCUCUAAACACAGUGUGUUUCAAACAAUGUCUUAGUUAAAAGCUUAAACAAAGUCACUUGGAUACAACAAAGUCUUUCAAAUGGCUAGGUGGUCUGGAGGUCCGACCACUGUGAGUAACUGGCAAACCCACUGGCUUUACAGGCAUAGACGGCGUUGAAACAUCUGCAGGAUUUAGACUUGUGUUGGGUUUCUCUGCAGCAGCAGCCUCUUUAGGAGGUGGAAAUUCCUGUGAAGUUCCUGGCACUGGCUCGUUAGGGGGGAGUGGGGCAGUGAACAUUCUCUCUGGCACACUGGGAGACACAGGUUCGCUACUGGAAUGUACUGGCUCUUUGCUGCUUCUGAGGUGUCUCCUGUUUCUUCUGAAAACUCGCCCAUCUUCAGUUCUCACAUCAUAAGACCUCACAUCAACUUGCUUUUCUACUCGUGCCUUGUACCAUUGGCCAGAUCUAUCUGUUGGCUUCACACGCACAACUUCUCCAUUGUUUAAGGGUGGUAGUUCUUUAGCACUGAUAUUGUAGUAUUUUGCUUGCAGCUGUUUCCUCUUGAAGAGUUUUAAUGGGACAUCUUCCACUAUUUUAGGCUUCAAUAGUUCACUGGUAGUUGGUAUCAGUGUUCUAGUCCGGCGCCCGAACAUCCUUUGUGUUGGGAACUCUGUAGACCUUCAGAGGGCGUGUUUCUCCAUUCUAGUAAGGCUAGGUAGAUGUCUGAUCUUGCAGCUUUAGAUUUCUUCAAUAAACUCUUGGCGGUCUUGAUGGCAUUUUCUACUUUCCCGUUACUCUGUGGGUAAUGGGGAGAACUGGUAACAUGUACCAUGUCAUAAUUGCUUGCAAAUUGCUGAAACUCAUAGGAGUUGAAUGGUGGACCAUUGUCACUCAUCAGCUUACUGGGGAUUCCAUGCCUUGAGAAGUGUCUCUUUAGGGUGUGGAUGACUUCGCUAGCAGUUUUGUCUUUGGGGGGGUUGAUCUCAAAGUAGCUUGAAUAGUAAUCCACAGUACAGAGGUAGUCUCUAUUGUCAAAGUGAAAGAUGUCGGAACCAACUGUUUCCCAUGGGCGGCUUGGGAUCUUGUGUGAGAUCAGUGGUUCUUUGGGCUGUUCUUUCUUGUAGCUGGCAUGAACUUCACACUUGGAGAUGUAAUCUUUAAUUUCAGCGGGCAUGCCAGGCCAAUAGACAAUUUCUCUAGCCCUGCGAAGACAGCUUUCAAUACCUGUGUGUGCACCAUGUAGACACUCACGGAUCUUAGGUCUGAGGCUUGACGGAAUCAGGCAUCGAAGACCUUUGAAGAGAACUCCAUCCUGAGCUGUCAGUUCAUCCCGGACGUCAAAGGAGGGGUGAAGUUCUAUUGGCAGAUCAUCUUUCUUCUCUGGCCAACCCUUUAAGAUAACUUGGGUGAGGGACUGUAGGACAGGAUCUGCAGCUGUUUCUUGCUGGAUCUCUACAAGCUGUGGUUCUGAGUUAGCUAGGAAAUCGAUAGCAUGGAUUCGCUCAACCUCUUUUUCAGUGGAGGAGCGGUCUGUGGUUGGCAGGUAAGCACGGGACAAAGUAUCUGCUAGAUACAUUUCAGGACCUGGCUUGUAACGAAUCUCAACAUCGUACUGUUGUAGUCUCAAGAGUAGGCGCUGGAGUCGUUUCGGUGCUGAUGCUAGUGGUUUCUUGCAAAUAGUCUCCAAUGGCUUAUGGUCAGACCAAAGAACAACUCUUCUACCAUAGACAAAGUGAUGGUUACGCUCCACUCCAAAUACUUGGGCUAAUAGUUCUUUCUCUCUUUGAGAAUAGUUCUUCUCACUGGCUGUGAGAGCUCUACUUGAGUAUGAUACAGGUUGCCCAUUCUGCAUCAACACAAAUCCUAUACCACUGGAAGAUGCAUCUCCCUGACCUUCCACAGGUUCAGCAGAAUUGAAACAUCUCAGGACUGGAGCUGAAGUGACAGCAUGCUUGAUACUUUGAAAUGCUUCUUCUUGUACUGCUGACCAACUCCAUUCAACGUCCUUGUGAGUUAAUCUUCUCAGUGGCUCACAAAGUUCUGAGAGCUUACUUAGGAACUUCGACAGGUAGUUCACUAGGCCUACCAGUCUUCUAACUGCAGCUACAUCGUUUGGUCUUUCCAUUUUCAGUAUGGCAUCAACUUUCCUUGGGUCGGGUUUCACUCCUUCAGGUGCAAGGACAUGACCAAUAAAGGGCGUUUCUGAACACUUCAGUUGUAGCUUCUCUCGGUUAAGCUUCAAAUUUCGCUCUCUGCACCUGUAAAACAGCUUCAGUAAAUUGGCAUCAUGAUCGUUCACAGCUUCAUCAAUGCUUGCACCACGGCCUGUAAUAACGAUGUCAUCUGCAAUCGUGUAUAUUCCAUUCAGGCCCUCUAAGUUCUGAUCCAGUUUUCUUUGGAAGUAUUCAGGUGCAGGAGAAAUUCCAAAAGGCAUUCAUGAAUAUCGGUACCAGCCCCAAGGGGUUAGGAAUGUAGUCAGCUUGCUGGAUUCUUCAUCUAACUGUAUCUGCAAGAAGCCAUCUUUAAGGUCUGCUUUUGAAAACACUUUAACAUUGGUUAACUCAGGGAGUAUGUCUUCAAUGACUGGAAGUGGAUAGUGACUUCUUUUCAGGGCUUUAUUGAGAAGCUGAGGGUCAAUGCAUACUUUAAGCUUCCCAUUUGGUUCUCUGUAACAAUUAGACUAGACACCCAGUCGGUUGGUUCUUCUUCCCUGAUUAUAACACUUGCUUGCUCCGGGUGAGUCAACUCAUCUUUUAACCUAUUCUUCAAUGUUAGAGGCACGCGACGAGGAGGCAUAAUUGCAGGUGCAACAGCCAUAUCUACUUCCAGGUGAAGAGCUCCUUCCAUACAUCCUAAGCCUUUGAAUACAUCACUGUAAGAAGCAGUAACUUCGUCCAUGGUUAGACCUUGACAGUCAGUUUUAACCACAGUUUCAUAAACAUUUAGGAUGUUUUCAUGCUGAACGGUGAUCAGUCCCAUCUCCUGUGCUGAUGUAGAACCAAGGAGUGGAGUGUAAUCUUCAUCAAUGACCACAAACUGAAUGCGGUACUUCUUCUGAUUUUUCAGGUUACGCAACUGGAUUUUUGCCACACCUAGUACCUUCAGACUAGCUUUAGAGUAGGUGGUUAAUUUUACUUCGGUUGUGUCAACCACAGUAUCUUUUGGCAGAAAUUUAUGAGGUAACACAUUGCACAAGGCUCCUGAAUCGACUUGCAUCUUCACUAACACAUCUUCAAUUUCGAUGUGUGUAAAUAUUUUACUCUUGAAUUCCAACAUUUCCACAGUAUUGACAGCAUUUUGAGAGGACACAGACAAAAUUUCUCCUUCAGACGAGUAACUUGCGUCAUCGAUGUCGGCAAGCUGAUGGACCUUUCUAUGCUUGGAUUUCUGAGAAGGCUUCUUGGAAUCGCUGGAUUUCUUUCCACAUUUUACAGCGAAGUGAUUAGGUUUUCCGCAGGAAGAACAAAUUUGACCAUACGCAGGACAUUUCACUCUAUUACGCUCAUGCUGAUGGCCACAAAACUUGCAUUCCUCGACGAGCUGAUCUUUAGGAGAUUUCUUCUUUUCCUUGCGCGAAUUUGGUUUUUUAGGCUCUGCUUUCACGACCCUAUCAACCUCACUCGAUUGUUGGCUCGGUGCCAUUUCUUUGAGCUGUGCCGACGUAGCUUCCAUGGCUCGGCAGAUAUCCACACAUUUUGACAGAGUAAGACCAGAUUCUUGCAGUAAUUUCCUCCUAACAGCAUUUUCUCGGACUCCACACACAAUUCUGUCGCGGAUAAGAUGGUCUUUCAAGGUUCCAAAUUUGCAAGUUUCGGCGAGAGCUUGCAAAGCGGUCAUGUAUGUAUCGAUGGAUUCUGUCUGUUCUUGAGAACGGUUAUUGAAUUUGUAUCUCUUGUAAAUUAUAUUGGUUUUGCCAAUGCAAUGCGUCUCCCACAAUUCCAGGACCUUGGUUAUGUCGGAUUUCUCCUCUUCACUUCUAAAAGGUAGACCAUUAUGAAUUUCGAGGGCUUCUUUACCAAUGCAGGUGAGAAACGUUGCAACGCGAAGGCGGCUCGUUUUACUUCGAAGGUUGGUCACCUCUUCGUAAGCAUCCCAUACUUGUCACCAUUGCUUCCACUCUUUCGACAAUUUUCCACUGUGUGUUUCCAGUUUCGGCGGUAAAGAUACAUUGCACGUAAAUGAAGAAGCCAUAAUACUUCCAGAAGGUGCAGUAGCGGACGCAGUAGCGCCUGAAUUCGCAUCACCAUCACUCGGCAUAUUUGACUAGAUUUCGACGACUUCAAUGUGUUAAGCUGCAAAUGUAUCAAUGAAAACUUGCUUGUCUUUACCAAACGCGGUUCUGGCCAUUUACUUCUGACACCAUAUAAAGAAUUGGCUCACGUUCUUAAACUUCAACUUGUUUAAUCAGAACAUAAUGAACUCACAAGCGGCCAUGACAGUAAACUAUGACAAAGCAAGCCCGAGCGCGCACAUGUAAAUACUGAAAUCUGAUUGGAUAAUGCAAUAUCGUCACAGUGUGAUUCCCUGUGUUUUUCCUUAUAACAAAUUGAAAUAAUGAGAAUAAUGUUUAUUCAGUCAAUGAUGCAAAUACAGUCGACUCCUGAUAACCUGAACCUUCAAGGGAAAUGGAAAAAAGUUCAACUUAUCGGGAGCUCAAAUAAAAUGGCUAGAAGUAAGAAAAAAAACCAUUGUUUACUGUACAGUGUACAUUUUAAUCACAUUUACUUGUAGAAAUGUUAAUUGAAAUUUGAGAGAUAUACUUCUAGAUUACAAAUCAGAACAAAAUGUAACAAAAAAUAGCCCAAAUAGAGCAUGCUUUUUACUGUUUUGAGAAGUAAAGCUGUUCACAUUACAUUCGUGACAAACAACAUCAGCGUUCAAUAGUAAACUAUAUGCCCACAACACGUCAAUGGGAAAUUCAAAAUUCAAUGUUUCAGACGCUACUACACUGUUUUUCCUCAACUUUUUAAGCACUCAAAACAUGUUUCGAAUUAUCGGUUGUAAAAUUGUACAAAAAUGAUCUGAGGGGAAACAAAAAUUACUUCCAGUUAGCAGGAGGUGCGAGUUAUUGAGGGUUCGAGUUACAGAGGGUAAAAUUACAGUAAACGUAUGAAGGAAAACAAGGGGAAAUUGAUUUUGCUUAGAGUUAGCACAAGGUAAAAACUUCAAGUUAGCCAGGGUUCGAGUUAUCAGGAGUUGAGUGUAACUACAAGAAAAUGAUCCCAAGUCCUCUUAACCCAAGUUGUACCAGUGUCUUCCUGGUUACUAGUCCAAAUGCUUAACCACUAUAAAGCUACAGGCACCCACUUAAAAGAGAGCUUCAGAAACCAAAAAACUAUGUUCAAACCCUCUUCAUUUUAUUUACCUAAUUUACAGCUUGAUCAAAUCAAGCCCACACUCCAUAGAAAACACAGCUUCCACUCUGAAGUGGUCUUUUAAUGUAGUAGCAAUUACUGGAUUCUGUUUUCAAAAGGAUAAUCACCAAGAAUUAUGCAAAUCUCAAAGGGUGUUAUCUUUCUCAUCCGACAACGCCCUCAGAGACGUGCAUAAUUCUUCAUGCCAUGCAAAAGCUAGAUACAAUAAAUUUUUUUAUUAUUCAUUCACAGACCUGCCAAUUCUCACGAUUCUGCCAUAAAUAAAGUCAGGUAAAAUUUAAUCCCCCCAAUGGAAAAAGGUUCAUUUAAAUCUUGAUAGGGAAAAAAUAGAAUCUCACUACCUUUUGUAGAAUCUUCAGAUUUUUUUUCACGAGUCUCCAGAUUUUCCUUUUUUGGGGGUUGGCAGGUCUGAAUUCAAAAUAUCAUUUUUAAGCUCAAAACAUGCUCACCUGUAUGUAAAGCCAAAUAAAAGCAGAGAAAUAUAUUGAAGAAAUAAUAAAUGGCUGUAAAACAAGGUGUGCCUUGGUCUGAGUACCUCCCUUGGCCUAGAGCACCCAGUGGUACUCAAGACCUUGGGCAAAGUUUCUCCCAAUAAAGACCUCGCGGCUACAAGUGAAUAAGAUAUUUAUUGUCGAUAAUAAUUCAGAUGUGAUCUAGUAUUUUACCAUUGCUAUUGCACUAUAGUGUUGCUUAAUAUAUGGAUGUGGUAAUUUUCACAGUUUGGUGGCUUGUGGAGAGGACCAUUUGGUGGAAAUAUGAGUAGUCCUGAUGAACAUAUUGACAGAGGUAUUAAAUACAAACAGUUAAUUUUGUUUUGAGACUAUUACAGUGUAGUAGUAUUGCUACAUGUAUGACUCAAACCAGCUAAACCUGUUUCCUGUGCAAGUUCUUGUUAUUUUGGGGGUAAUGGUCUUACAGCAAGGAACCCAAAACUGUGACCUCCUUUAGUGUUAACUCACAUUCUUUCAUGCAGACAUUAACCAAUCAUAAGUCGAGGACAGUUUCCAGCUGGCUUCUGAUUGGAUGAAAUGUGCAUGAAAGAAUGUGAAUAAAUCAAAAGCAGUCACACUUUUGGGCUCCUUUCCUUUCUCCUUUUAUUCUUUGGAUUUAUAAAUAACUGGAUUAGAAUCCCUUGAAAUAACAGGAUUUUACUCAGAUAUUGUUGAAUGGAAUAUUUAAAAUAAUUAUUAUCAAUUUUGUUCGUGAUCCUUCAGACCUUGACAGUGAAGUUGAAAUGGGAACACGAAGCUUAGAUGACAUUCUGGACCAAAAACACAAAGGCCAAAUGUUAGAGCAUGUUCCACGCUCAUCCUCCUCUUCGUCAUCAUUUUCUAGUGUGACUGUCGUUGAUUCAAAUGGAGUAAGAACACUUUUUCACUUUUUAUAUGGAUAAUAUUAAAGAACACUAGGUAGAUAGCUACUUAGUAGUGUGAUUUUACAGAACAUGCAGAGAUACAGCAUAUGUUGCAGGGGUGAUUCUUACAGAUUUUAUUUUACUGUGGGACAUUUUUUCAACUUUUAUGAAAUCAAACCUGAUGAAAAUUAGAUACCGUGCAAGUUAUUUUAUAAGGCAGCAAAGCUUAUCUUUUAUAUUUAUGAAAUGAUUAAGUGAUCUUCACCUUAGUUGUCUAAAUUAUGACAGAAUCGUAAAAAAACUUUUUAAUAAAAAUUCUGUUUAGCCCCUCUAAAUUGUGCAUGCAUUGCACUGCAUGCAUGAAUCUUGCCUGCAUGUCAUGCAUGCUCUGCUGUUAUCAACAUUGUGUUGAAUUGUUUUGUUCAGGUCAGCGAAAGGAGAACCACAAGAAAGGAUUCAACUGGAAAAGAGGAGGUAAUUUGACGUGAAUGUGUAAAUAUUAUCUAUAAAUCAUCUUUUUUUCUUCUCUCUCUUUUUUUCAUUUAGUGUAGAAACCAAACUUGAAUCAGUUUUUAGAUUGAGAACCAUCAUUGAAGUCAGGUUUAGCCUGCGAGCAAGCUCACUUUUGCUUGUUCGGGGAAAAUUUUGCACAAGUAAGCCUGCCCGCAGUCUAAGUCAGCUUAGGGUUUGAAGGGCUCUUUGAAUCCUUACGGUCCUGCUUUAUUGCGAACCUUAUCUUAGUGAAAUUAGAUUGGUGUUUGACAAAGGACACUAUUGGUAAUUUUGACAGCCAGUCAGGUCUAAUGGUUGCAUUUAAGUUUUUGAAAGAAAUUACAGACAAUUCCCCAUGGCAGCGUUAAGCCAUAGAUCUAAACGUAUUGUAUUCUUAUCAGUCUUAUUCAGUAGCGGUCAUUGUAAAAGAGGUGGUUUAACUUGGUCUUAAGAUUGUAAAAACGAGAUGGUUGAAUUUGCUUCAUCCUCUCUCCAGGUGACUGUAACUCGCAAAAUUGGUGAUCAAACACACACAUUUACCAGAAGGAAGGAUGAGAGUGGAAAUGAAGAGACGCGGGAAGAUCUCGUGAACAUUGAUGAUGGUGUGUAACAGUAACAUAGAGAAGAUGUUUUUAGUCAGUGACACAGGCUGCUUGUAAGAAUAAAUCUUAGUACUCCCGCAACAGGAGUCCAACUUAUGACCUUCUUUUUACUGGUGCGCAUGUUCUACCACUGAGGAGCUACACUGGAUAUUAUAGCGUUAGCAGCAAUGGUCCAUCCCUAUGAACAUUUUAAUUUCAUUUACGUAGUACCAAACCGGGGGUACUCCUGGGAAUUCUUGUUGGGGGUGUGACCAAAAAAUGUAAUUUUCCAGACCUCUAAAAUCCAUACCCGUUUUCAGACCUGGCCUUUAGGCAGAAAUUAUGUUAUCAUUACUUAGAUUGAAGCGCUAACAACAUUCUUCAAACCCAUUUCGAAUUCGCAUAUUUCUCUUUCUUUCUUACUUACUCAUUGGGUAUUGAAUUGAUUAAACACGUUCAUACACUCCCGUAGUUCCCUCGAAAACCAUACCCGAUUCCAGACCAAAAUGUCCAAAGUGUAUGUCCGUUUUCAGGCAAAAACGGCGCAAACCCUACGCGAUGGGGCGGCACAUACCUAUAUAGCUUAGAUAAGGGAGUACCCCCCCCCCCCCCCCCGGGAGGGUACGAAAGCAGUCCCAAAGCUACCAAAAUUGACUAAGAUUGUAUUCAUUUUUUUGUUUCUUUAGGCGACCUUGAAAAAUUUAACGAAAAGUGGCAUUCAAAAAGACAGGGUAAGCCUGACUCAGAGACUGCUUUAUUGACUUUUGAAGGAGCAAGAUUCCUCGCCUUUUUUUUUGUUUGGCUGUCAGUGAAAGCCAGGCCGAAAGUUGAUGUACAUGUAUGCAUACAGUCUGAUUAAGGCGACAUAAAUCUUAUAGGUGAAGUUUCAAAAAGAAAAUCCGAUAACACUCAUGUCGAAGACUCGUACCUGCAGAGGUCAAGGACUCGCCCCCAACCCCCCCCCCGCCCCACCACCACCAUUCCCACAUCCGUAUCCCGAAGUAGGAAGUUCCGUGAAAUGUAACUUUAACCGUUUCCCGUUGGAAAAUCUGCUUUCCUGAGGGUUAAUUUGAGUUGUUGAUAGCAAACAGUUACCCAAACGUUACACCUUAUUACAUGUAUGAGAGGAACUGUGGAGACUAUGCACUUUUGUUUCGUUUUUAUAUUCAGGGAAACAGACUCAUUUGUCGGUUGAUAACAGUUCUUCCUCGCGACACACGCCUUUUUCUUCCAUCUAUGAAUCAGUUCUAGAGCAGUUCUUCCCCAGAAGAUGACAACACAUCUUUCCAAAAGAAGUAUAAUAUCUGAAAUCUAAAUAAUGGUAAAAAGGAUCAUCUGUGCUGUGCAAGAAAAGAUAGUGCCCGUAGUUUCGUUUAUAAACAGAAAACGCCUAUAAUGUAGUCCCUAAUAAUAUAAAGAUGAGGUGUAUAAACAUGUGCAAGGUACAUUGUAACAUAAGCUAAAUAGGGGACAAAGAGGGAAAAAUGGUCCUCCCCACCCGCGUGCAAAAAUGUUUGUACUGUUGUGUGGUUAAGAACGAUGUAACGUUACAUGACAAUAGAAGCGUCUGUCUACCUUGUGUCUAUCCGUAAAUCUACUAUGGAUUUUUUGUACGUAACAUUGUAAAUGUCAAGUUUGGAAGCCGAUAUAUGAAUGACUGAUGUGAAUUUUAGUGUACGACGUAGAGCAUUU